AUGCCUUCUCUCGCAAAGAUGAUCUUCGGGAACGGUCCCCUCGGACCUUCCUUCGCCCCUUGGAUCAAAUCAAAACCAGGAUUACAAAAGUAUUGGGCUAGAUGGUCAAACUUUUACAAGAACGCUGCUGGUUACAGGAAGAAGGGAUAUCUUUAUGAUGAUUUAAUUCUUGAGGAGACACCUCAAGUCCAAAAGGCUAUCCAACGACUCUCUCCUCAACAAAAGUACGACCGAGUAUUCCGAAUGAGACAAGGUCUUAUUCAAUCAAUGCACCACAAAGAUCUUCCCAAAGAUCAAUGGGUCAAACCCGAACAAGAUGUCCGAUACCUCACUCCAUUGAUCGAGGGUGUCAUUGCCGAAGAAGCUGAGCGAGCCGAGUGGGAUUACAUGACUGUUGAAAAAAUUCAACAAAAGCGAGCAGAGAAGAGAAACAUCUUCUCCAAGAAGGAAGGUCAUCAUUAA